UGUGAUGGUGUGAAUUCCACCAUUGCAAAUAUGGUUACACUACACCAAACAAAGCUCUUGCAUUUCUCUACAUGCGUUGCUCGAGGUUUCACAAAGUAUCCAAAUGGUCAUCAAUUUCCUAAUGAGUUUGCUAUGAUAAGCAGAGGUCAAGUCCAGCUUGGAAGGAUCCCAAUGACUGACAAGCUUGUUUACUGGUUUGUAACAAGGCUCAACACUGCUCAAGAUUCAAUAAUUUCAAAAGAUCCAACUCUUAUACGACAAUCAUUAAUGGAGUCGAUGGAGGGUUUUCCGAUACAUGCGAUGGAUAUGAUACGAAAUUGCAAGCUGAACUCUUUGCAUCUCACUGACUUGAAGUACCGUCCACCAUGGGAUUUGCUUCUUAACAAAUUCAGUAAAGGAACAAUGGUAGUUGCUGGUGAUGCAAUGCAUGCCACUGGUCCAUUCAUUGCACAAGGUGGCUCAGCCUCCAUUGAAGAUGCAAUUGUUCUUGCUAGAUGUCUAGCACAAAAGAUGCAUAAUACAACAAACGGCAUAAUGGCGCGAAGUACUGUCGAGGAAGCAUUUGAUAAGUACGUGAAAGAGAGGAAGAUGAGAAUUUUUUGGCUCUCUUUAAAUACUUAUCUUGUUGGGAAGAAGCUUGAUACAAAAUCAUGGAUAGUAAGAUUUUUAUUCAUGGUAAUCAUUCUUGUUCUAUUUAGAGACCCAGACUGUCAUUCACACUAUAAUUGUGGAACUCUACAUGAAGAGGAAAGUUUAAAUUACAUAUGAUUUGAAAUAAUAAUCUUGUGGCAUAUAGGUAUGUAAAACCUCAUUAUAUGUUAUGCUUGUAUAUGUAUUGUGCUAAGUGUGACAUCCUGCCAUAAUGUGAU